AUGCAUCCUGGCGCACCUGAGGACGCACUCCUCAGCAGUAUCCCUUUCACCAUUACCGUAUCCCUCCCGUCCCCUCCUAUGCGCUCCUCAUCUCGCCACAUCGUCAUCAUCCAUCCGGACAGCUGGUACUCAACUGCUGAACAAACUGAUGCGCUCGUCACGUUUGCGCUCACCUUGCACUCGAGAAACUCUUCGGACACAAUGGACACUUAUGGGCUUGUCCUUCUGGGGCUAGCUGGCCUGGUUCGAGCUCACCGUGUUCACGUGAUUCACUUCUGGCUGUAG